AUGGAUUUAAUGAUGAUGAAAAAGAAGAAAUUCAAAUUCAAGGUGGAUUUUGAGCUGGACGAACUCUCGUCGGUUCCUUUUGUCAAUGGGGUGCUCUUCUGCAAAGUCAGACUCUUGGACGGCGGAUUCUCUGAGGAGUCUUCUAGGGAGAUAGUCCAGGCCAACUGCGUACGGUGGAGGAAAAGAUUCUCUUUCCCCUGUAAGAUGAGUGCCAGUGCUGGCACUGGUGUACUGGAUCCAUGCGUGUGCCGCGUAUCAGUCAGAAAGGAGCUGAAGGGGGGGAAAGCAUAUGCAAAGCUUGGUUUUGCAGAUCUGAAUUUAUCAGAGUUUGCUGGCUCAGGAAGUACAACCCGAAGAUGUCUGCUGGAGGGUUACGACACCAAAAAUACUCGCCAGGAUAACUCAAUUCUUAAGGUUAUCAUCAGUACUCAGCUUAUGUCAGGAGAUCCCUGUUUUAAAACGCCACCUUCAACAGCAACAGUGAUUGGGAUCCAAGGUGAUGGCGAAAGCCUGCUGGAGGAAAGAAGAGGUGGUGACUCACAAAAAGCUUCUUGUGGUGAUCGAGAAGUCAAGUGUCCUGUGGUGUCUGAGGAUCUUGGCGGCUGUGGCCACUCGCGAACUUCCAGCUACGCCAGCCAGCAGUCCAAACUCUCAGGCUACAGUACAGGCCAUUCCCGCUCGUCCAGCAUGUCAGAUUUCAGUCAUCGUAGGAACCAUUCAGUGGGAAGCGCCUCAACAGGCAUCGGCAGCAUCCCAGAACCGAGUGAGGACAGAGACAGAGAAUCCAGACCAUGUCCUGCUCUGCCUGAACAUCCACUUUCCACCACCAACUCUUCCACCUCUGUGGGAUCACCAGUCCGAAGCGCCUCAUCCUGCGAGCGACUUAACAGGCAUCCAGUGAAGCAAGACUCUAUGGAGUCGCAACUAAAGAGAAUGGACGAUACCCGUGUAGAUGCUGACGACGUAGUGGAAAAAAUCCUCCAAAGCCAAGACUUCACACCCAGCCUUCUCGACUCUAGUGCAGAGGAGGAGGGCUUACGCCUGUUUGUUGGCCCAGGAGGAAGUACAGCACUUGGAAGUCAUCAUCUUCCUACUAGGGUCGGCGCUGGAGCAUACGAGCAAGUGGUGAUAAAGCGUUAA